UCUUAGAAAGCUUCGUUCGACAAACUUUGCCUUUCACCAUGCCGACGAUGGGUGAAGGACGUAACUGGUUUGAUGACCCACAUGUCAACAAAUCCUUGAAAUCCUCGUGUGUAUUAAAAUGUGUUCAAGUAAUACACGAGAUUCAGACCUAAAUCUGUUGUGUCUAUGUACACUUACUGGAAAUAUUUUUGCUUCUACAUAACUGGAAAAAAGACAUUUUGACUCUCUUUAGCAUUAGUGAAGAUUCAUUUGAGUUAGAUGAAUAACAAGUAUUAGAAACAUGUUGAUGUCCUUCUUUGACAAGUUGGAUACCUGCUUUAGAAACGAUAACUUGGAAAUUAUCCCAUCAUCAAAGUGUAAUUAUACCAAAUUAACAAUGCGAUGACUGUCAUGUAAUGGUUACUUGUGGCUUGUUUCAUAUUUAAUGUUAAUUCCAAUACAGCUACUACAACAAGACAAACAUGAAGAGCAGCUCUGGAUUAAGAGCAGUUCGCUCGUUGGGAGAUCUUGGAGACAAACGCGCAUUCGACAUCAAAGUGGGAUACGGUCGAAAGCGUAUACCACCUAUAGGACCGUCAGGUACAGUGCCGAAAGCUUUGGUCGUUACGGUGUACCGUAAUGGGGAUCCAUACUUUCCAGGAACUAGAGUUAGUGUGAAUCCAGGCAAAAAUUUUCAUAAUUUGGCAGGAUUUUGUGAUUAUCUCAGUCAACGUCUGAAAAUACCUCAAGGAGUUCGGUACAUGUUUGAUCUUAAAGGUCAACUAAUUACUGAGCUCCAUGAACUCACGGAUGGGAAUUCUUACGUUGCUUCUGGUACAAAGACGUUUAAAGAUGCUUCGUACGGAAAGCUAGCACGCCUACAAACCGGCCAAGCGCCGGUUAAGCCAAACCCUGCUCCACUUCGCCCAGAAGAUAUGCUUCUGUACAGGCCAGUAACAAGAAGAAUUCAAGAGUUAAAUCCCAGCCAAAAUUCAAAUUUAGAUUUCAGACAGCAUCAGGAUGUCAAAGACCCUAGUCCCGAAGGUUGGUCUCUUCCAGGAUCGAGAGAGAGCUGUGUAGUUACCGUUGUCAACCGAAAAGAACCUUCCCGACGGAGUCGCGUACUUCUAAAUUUGAAAACAAAGCAGAGUUGGGAAGACGUAUUAAGAGACAUGGGACAAGCUGUUGGAAUCAACCGCGUGACACGCAUGCUCACGCCUUGGGGUGAGGAGGUGAGAAGUUUCUCCCAUCUAAAGAACGAUUUUAGUGAAGUUGAAACAUUUUAUCUCGACAAUGAAUUGAACAAAAGCAUUUCUCUUCGUAGAUCAAACAGUGAUUCCAAUAUCAAAGGUAAAAGCAAGGACGUUUCCCUGAGAGUCAGAAUACCAGAAGAUUCUAGACGCAGAUGGUUGGCAGGAUGAUAGCAGAAAUGUCGUAUAGGAUCUUGUUUAAUGAAAUGGAAUGCCCCAGAUUAUCAACAUAAUUAUAUAAGAUCUAUUUAUAUAAGAUCUAUCUACAUACGAUAUGAAAAUUUUACGAAAGGUUGGAAAAGCAAUGAAAGCAGAUAAAAACUCAAAAUCCCGUCUUUUACUAAGAAGUAAACAUAAGAUGGAAACUAGAGGUUCACUUAUCUUGUAAAAUUAAGGAAGGUUUAAAAAAAUAAAUAAACAGUAUACGAAGAAAUUAUUUUUGUAUUUGAACAAUUUGUCUUUAUGUUUUGAAGUUACAAUAAAAUUAUCGAUUUAAAAGAAAUGUUAUUUGUAUAUUAUUGCAUGACAUACAGAUUAAGUUCAGAAGAUAAUUCAUUAUAAAAAAUGUGAACAAAAAUUGGGGAGAGUGCAGAAUCACCCACUAAUUGGC